UCUCACUCACGCGUUCAAAGACGCGCUUACAAUUUAUAAAAUACGCGAUGGACGAAACUUUGCGUUUUCCUUUAUCGUUCAGCGUGUGACGUGAAAAAUAACUGAAGUGUGUGUGUUUUUUGUGCCUGUAGCGUUAGCAUGUUCCCCGGCAGGCUAGCGUCGACUUUGCUGUGUGUGGCCAUUUUUCCUCAAUAACACGCCGAUCCGCUCGCUUUGAUCGCGGACCCACAGCGAUGCGGCCGCUCGUUUCCUUCUCAGCAACCGAUAUACGAUCCGUUUGUUGAUUUAGCGUGUGUGAAACAGGAUCGCCGUUUGACGAGGACGUUGGCUCGGCCGUAGGUUUACCAGCUAGAUUUUUCUAUUUUGUACAUACAUUGUUUUGUAUAUACUGUAUAUGAUGACCUCGCUGGGCAGCGAUCGGGCCCGGGGCACUCGGGACAAAGUGCUGCCCACAACCACACAGACCACACAACCACAAAAACAGCUUCAGGCUACAGCCGAACAGAUUCGACUUGCCCAGAUGAUCUAUGACAAAAACGAUGCAGAUUUUGAAGACAAAGUCAACCAGCUCAUGGAGGUGACAGGGAAGAACCAGGAUGAGUGCAUGAUUGCUCUCCAUGACUGCAAUGAGGAUGUCAACAGAGCCAUCAACUUCCUGCUGGAGGGAACCUCUGACACGACCUCCUGGGAGACCGUGGGGAAGAAGAAGAGCCUAGGAAAGGAUGGUGUUUCUUCAGAAAGUAAGGAGAACAAGGAGAACGGGGAGAAGAGAGGCGAGAAGGAGAGCAGCAAGGCUCGUGGAGGAGCCAACCGCAGAGGUAGAGGAGCCAGCCGCAACAGGCCAGCGCGUGCUGAGGAGAAUGGAGUGGACUCUGCACCCGUGGAGAAGGGAGCAGACCGUGGCCGUAGAGGACGAGCAAGAGCAUCUGGAGGCAGGGGAAGGGGCCGGGCACCAGGGACCAGCAGGUUUACAGCACAGGGGAUGGGGACCUUUAACCCGGCGGACUACACCUCGGACGGCGGCACGACCAACUCGCACGCUGAUGUCUGGGAAUCGGGGGCCAAUGAUGCCACGGACGGGACAGUGGCAUGGCGGAGCACUCUGGAAGACUGGGCAGCUGAAGACUGGAGUGAGGAUGUGAGUCUGUCCGAGACCAAAGUUUUCACCUCCUCAUGUGCGCGUCCAGCCGAGAACCACAUCACCCCUGGACAAAGUCUGGACCUGGCAUCUUUGCUGCAGAAACCUGCUGGCCGGGAGGAGUUGGGGAGUCUGAAGCCGGCCUCCGCACAGGGGCUCAGCCAUAGCCUGGUGUUCACCAACUCCCACCACCAGCCCACCCGCAAUGGAGGCCCCACCACCGGCACUACCAGCUACGCACACGCCACCCUGUCCUCAGUUCUAGGCUCUGGGUUUGGGGAGUUGGGUGGUCCUAAGCUGGGACAGACUGCUGGGCAACAGAUACUGGAGCAACUGAAGGCACCAGGUCUUGGGCAGCUUACCUCGCAGCCUCCCAGCACGGGGACCAGCUGUGCUCCUGGAGGAGGGCUGCCAGGGACGGGGAUCUCUGUCCCCUCUUCCUCCUGGGACAUCAAACCCCAGAGCUCUGCUUCACUGUCCUCCCAAUUCAGUCGGGAGUUUAAGAUGCAACCAGAACCCUCCUUGGUGCUAAGCCAGCUGAGCCAGCGGCAGCCGAGCUCUCUCAGCCACUCGGGCCCUCUGCCUCUGGCCGGGCAGGCCAGCUCUCCGCCGCUCACCGGCGCAACGCCCCCACAGGGCUCCCUGGAGGGCUUCUCCAAAGCACCGGAGCCCUCUCAUCCCCCUCUGACGGUGGUGCAGCCUGCAGACCCCCAGGCCAGCAGCACGCAGCACCGCCAGAUGAAGACACAGAAACGAAGGAUACCUCCCACCUCCAAGAUUCCUUCCUCUGCGGUGGAGAUGCCUGGCUCGACAGACGUGUCCGGGCUCAACGUGCAGUUUGGCGCGUUGGAUUUUGGCUCGGAGUCGCCGAUGCCGGACUUCAGCCAGCCGGAGAAUUGUAACAGUGAAAGCACGCGAGAGGCCACAGCUGUUUCUCAGACCCAGAGCAGCCUCUACUCCAAACCUAUGAGUGAAUCUAUGGCCAGUCCUGUCCCCCUGCUGAUGCCUCUGGUCUCCUCCGACAGCAUCUACCCAUCUCCCUCCGUAGCUCUGCCCAGCCUGGCUCCGUCUCUGACCACUCCUAGCGCUGCCACGGCUCCUGCGACCUCCUCCUCUUCCUCUUCUUCCUCCUCCUCCUCCUCCUCCUCCUCCUCGGCUUCCUCGGCGGCAUCUUCAGCUGGGAACAGCUUCGACUGUGGAUUAGCGCCUCACUCAAGACUGACCUUCUCUCAGAGCAAGGAGCCUCCAGGCCCAGUCUCUAAUGGUUUUAAUGGCGUACGGACCUCUGCUGCUCUAGACUCCGCGUCGAGCUCCUCCACUCCGAAGCCAGAGUCUCCCUCUUUGGGCAGCAGUACCAGUGUUGCACCUUCUGCCCCCUCGUCUCUGCUGCCCCCCUCCGUUACCCCCCACAGCUCAGCCCUAUCCAGUCUGGCCCCUGAGCUGCCCUCUGCCAGCCUGACUCCCCUCAGCAGUAGUCAUGUGAGCAGUGGCCAUUCAGUAUCAGCACUUUGUACCAGCGCUUCACUAACGCAGUACACUAGCGUGGACAGCGCGAGUUCCCUGCCGCCGCCGCCGCCGCCGUCGUCAGGAGCGUUCUCGGCGGCGGCCGCCUCGGCUCUGCCCAGCAGCAGCGUGAACAGUGCGGCGAGCGCUGGCAGCAGCGUGCUGUACUCCGCAGCCCUGGGCCUGGGGGUCAACGGCACAACAGCGCCCUCUGCUGUCAGGACCACACCCCUGCUCUCCUCCUCUACCGGCAAGGCUCCCCCUAACUUGUCUCAGGGGGUUCCGCCACUGCUCCCCAACCAGUACAUCAUGGGGCCUGGAGGUCUGCUGCCUGCAUACCCGCAAAUCUAUGGCUAUGAAGACCUCCACAUGCUGCAGUCCAGAUUACCUAUGGAUUACUAUGGAAUCACAUUCCCGGGGCCCACAGCGACACUGUCCAGCAGAGAUGGGAGCCUAGCCAACAAUCCGUACUCAGGUGAAGUGACAAAGUUUGGGAGGGGCGACUCCACCUCACCAGCGCCCCCUACCAGCCUGUCGGCCGCUCACGCGCCCCAGCAGGCACAGCCGCUGCAGGCGCAGAGCCAAGGCCAGAGUCAGCCCCAGCCCCAGGGACACCACAGCGCCCAGCAGGCCUUCCUCAACCCGGCCCUACCCCCCGGCUACAGCUACACAGGCCUGCCCUACUACCCAGGAGUGCCGGGCGUCCCCAGCGCCUUCCAGUACGGCCCCACCAUGUUCGUGCCUCCGGCCUCGGCGAAACAGCACGGCAUGGGCCUGAACAACCCCUCCACACCAUUCCAACAGCCCAGCGGCUAUGGCCAGCACACCUUCAGCUCAGGGUAUGAUGACCUGACACAGGGCCCAGCAGGAGCAGAGUACAGCAAAGGGUACAACAACAGCUCUCAACCACAGGCCAAAUCUGCUGCCUCUGGCCCAGGGAAAGGGGUCUCAGUGACAUCCAGUAACUCUGGCGUCCCAGAUAUCAGUGGAACUGUUUACAAUAAGACUCAGUCCUUUGAUAAGCAGGGUUUCCAUGCUGGAACUCCUCCUCCCUUCAACCUGCCCUCAGCCCUAGGGGGCACAGGACCUUUGACCCCGAGUGGUGCCCCUGGCUAUGCCCCUGCUCCGUUUCUCCACAUCCUGCCUGCGCACCAGCAGCCUCACUCCCAGCUGCUCCACCAUCACCUCACCCAAGAUGGCCAGGGUGGGCCGAGUCAGAGGAGCCAGACCAGCACCAUGCAGCAAAAGACCCAGGUUAACAAGUCCAGCUAUGGCAGCUCCCCCUACUGGGGCAACUAAGUAGUGCAAGAGUCCCCUGCCCCUCCUACGCACGCCACACUGAGCCCGCAAUCUGAUCAGAGCGAAGGGACGACUAUACAGUGCUGUGCUAAACUCCCAUAAAUACACACACAUGCACACACACUACCAUCUCCCUUAGUUCUCAUCCCCCCCCCCUUUUCAAAUUUUUGGCUGUUGUAUGUAAAAUAUAUUUAUGUAUGUAUUUAUACAGUAUAUAUGUAUUGGUAGGAUAUGAAAUGUGGUUUACUGCAUUACCUUUUGAAGGACAUUUUUGUUCAUUUCAAAAUGGCUAAGAUAUGAUUAAAUAAAGAGGAUGAGAACUAAAUACUAAAUGGAAGGUGAAUAUACUUGAACCAGACUCAGCAUCAUGAAUACAUGGGAGACUUUUCAUUUUGUAUACAUACAUGAUCCCAAUAACAGUGUACAUUAUUGCUAAGCAUCAUUUGAUGGUGAACCCUUUUUUUAAACUGUUUUUGUAUGUUUGCCCCUGCACCCUACUGACCUGUGACUUUUGUUUUUAAAAUGAGGGGUUUUUUAGUUGUGUUCAACUUUCUCCUCCCAUUGUGAUAUCCCCCUCUUUAUCCUGUUAAUUGGCUGAAACGUAGCAGUUCAGGAUCAGAAUCGUUUUAACAAUGGUUUUACCCUUGCUGUCCAAAUAAACUCUCUGACCAUUUC